AUGCUGGAUAUGGCAGAGGCAUUCAAAUUCAGGCUGCUUCAAUCCACUCCUUAUUAUGCUCAAGCUAACGGGCAGGCAGAAUCAAGCAACAAGGUAAUCAUCAACAUUAUCAAAAAAAUGCUUGAGAAGAAUCCAAAGCAGUGGCAUGAGAAGUUGUCAGAAACUCUAUGGGCAUAUAGAACUUCAAAAAGAGAAGCAACUGGCAUGACCCCCUGUGCAUUAAUCUAUGGUCAUGAUGCAAUUCUGCCUAUGGAGAUAGCUAUUCAGUCCCUCAAAAUUGCUCACCAACAUGAUCUGGUAGGAGAAAACUACUCUCAAGCCAUGCUGCUAGAACUGGAAGGAUUGGAUGCAAGCAGAAUUGACACCCUCAAUAAACUCCUAGCAGGAAAGCAAGCUGUGUCAAGGGCUUACAACAAAAGAGUCAAGAACAAGAGUUUUGAAGAAGGAGAGAUAGUCUGGAAAGCAGUUCUGCCCCUUGGAACACACGUGGCUGGUUAUGGAAAGUGGUCACCUACAUGGGAAGGUACUUUCAUAAUCAAUCAGAUCCUCGGAAUGGGGGCAUACAGGUUGCAGGAUCAAGAGGGAGAAGUUCACACUGCGACAAUUAAUGGCAAGUGGUUGAAGAAAUUUUACCCAACCAUGUGGGAUUCGCAGGCUGCGCAAACAGAUCCUGGAAUAGAAGGACAACAAAAUAAAAGUGUUGUCUGA